UCAAUGUUACUGAACAAAAAGUUCUAUGGGUAACAUUUUCACAAUUACUGAUCUAAGUAAUUGCAUGAGAAUACAUUACCAUUACAAAUGGCAGAAGAACGAAAGAAAUCUAUAAGAGUUACUGCAGUUGGAGACGGCGUUAUUGGGAAGACCUGCUUACUGAUAACUUACACUAAAGGAGUUUUUCCUUGUGAAUAUAUACCUACAGUUUUUGAAAAUUACACAGCUAACAUAUUAGUAGAUGGAUGCACACACAUUUUGAAUGUUUGGGAUACAUCAGGUCAGGAGGAUUAUGAUAGGUUGCGGCCACUUUCUUAUCCAAAUACUGAUUGUUUCCUGCUGUGUUACUCAAUUAGUAGUCGCGAUAGUUUCGACCAUGUGCAUUCAAAAUGGUAUCCAGAAAUUCGGCAUUAUUCACCAAAAGCACCAAUAAUCUUAAUCGCAACUAAAAUCGAUUUGAGAAAUUCUAACUCCCAUGGUUUGGUGACAUUUGAAGAAGGUCAAUCAAUGCACAAAAAGAUCCGAUCAAGUGAUUUUGUAGAAUGUUCAGCACUUGAAUAUACAAAUGUGGAUACUGUUUUCAUAAAGGCAGUUCGAGCUGUGUUGCAAAAGGAAAAUGCCGCACGAAAAUUGAAAUGUAAUGAGAGGAAAUUUGAUAGACAACGAAUUGGAGAAAGUCUUUUUGAAGAAAAGGACGAAAUUAUCAUGAUUUCAGAAGGUGUACCACCGCAAAACAACGAAAUCUUUGUUUGCAAUAUCCCGAGUGGUUUAAGUGACCGCAUACUCGGUGAAAUCGCUCUGAGGCACAAGGUGAGACGGAUCGAGUCCAACUGCAGGCAACGACGACCAACUCUGAAGCAGAAAAAAUGGAGCAGUGCUGGUGCUGGCUGUUGGCAGGCGCGGUGGGUCCUGAAACGAACACACAAAGUGAUGGUCAACCUGAGGUUCAUGAUGCGACAGGUCACACGCAGAGGGACACAUUGCGGAAGAUCCAUGCCAAACCCGAAAUCUACCCAAGAACGACAACACGCGAAAAAAACAACACCAAAAAAGGAAAAAAAAUGUAAAAAAAAAAGCGAAAAAAGAGGAAAAAAAAGGGAAAAAUGA